AGUUAGCAUUUGUAGUUAGUAGCUGACACUCCCAUUAUAUAUAGAGAGAGAGAAAACAGGUGGAGAAUAUCUUCAGCUACAGAGUCCAUUCCAAAAUGGCAGAGAAAGAAUUCAAUGGAAACUCAAACAGGAAGCAGGCUAGGCAACCACCUUCAGUCCCAUUUCUUUGGGAAGAAAGGCCAGGAAUACCCAAAAAGGACUGGAAGCCAGGUACUUCUUUGGUUAUUCGGCCUGCUCCAAAACCUCCCGUCAAACUUCUUGUCUCGGUUCCCUUCUUGUGGGAGGAAAAGCCAGGAACGCCGCUGCCCUCCUUUUCACAGUCACCACCGCAAGAAUUGGUGCCACCAGCAAGGCUCAGCAGCCCUCCAUUGCUGUUAGCUUAUGCUUGCCACUACAAUGACAAUGACAGCAAUUAUUACAAUAAAAGUGGGAAUUAUGGAGGCGAGGGAGAUGAAGAAGGUUUUUUUGAAUCAGACAUCGAAACAUUCAGUUUUGAAACAGAAGGUUCAUGCAGCUCGGCUCCCUCUCUCCUAGCAAAUUGCCUUGUACCAUUAACAGCAAUUUCUACUGCUAUUCCAGUGGAGAAAAUAUCAGCAGAGGAAGAUAAGAGUGGCCAGCUGGAAACCCCUUCCUCACCACCUUCUGAAACAGACAGUAGUACAAGCAGCUAUGUAACUGGCACUUCAAGCCUUGUAGGGGCUUCCUUCUUGGAACACCUGUUUCCACUCUUUCCACCCAGUUCUGGCUUUCUCGAGAAGGUAGGAGAAAAGGAUUGCAAGACUUCACUGGAACCAAAAAGUAAACCCUGCGAUCUUGAAAGCAAUAGCAGUGUCGUGGUAAGGAGCCCCCCUACGCUUGGAGAGCUUAUAAUGAUGAGCCAAAGGAGAAGUUACCGGAGAAAGGCUAUUCAAAUGAGAAACCAGAAUCUAUCAAAGGAAUUGACAAAGAAAGGCGCUUUCGGAUGCUUCAUUUUCAAAUCUGGCAGCAAGAUGAUCGAAGCACUGUAUAGGAAGAGGAAGCGCUUGCCGAUAUUGAAACUGAUAUAGAAAACUUCUACCUACUUUGUGG